AUGGCUGCAUUUCUGUCAGUAUUAGUUACAACAAUUUGGCUUCGAUGCACAAUAGUGUAUGGAUACGAAUUUAUAUCGCAAUAUCCCAAAAACGAAAAUGAAACAUUCCAUUUUAACCAUCUCGUUGUCGACAAAAUCAGCGGGCAAGUUUACGCCGGGUCAUUAAAUACUCUACAUCAACUUAGUCCGGAUCUGAAACCUUUACAUGUCGUACGAACCGGACCUAAACUUGAUAACCCAAUGUGUCAUGCCAGUGGUUGCCCGUCAGAUGAUAUACAAACUGUGUGGACUGAUAAUGUGAACAAAAUUUUAGUGAUUGAACAGGAAUCCAGAAUUGUGAUAGCUUGUGGAUCAGUGGCUCAGGGUUCGUGUUUCAAAUAUAAAUUAGGAGAUCUUUCAGCUGAACCAGAAUUUAUUCCCGAGAGUGUAGCUGCAAAUGAUGCUGAAGCUUCAACUUAUGCUUUUAUUGGACCAGAAAGGUAUAACUCUUGGGACCGCUCUAAUGUACUUUAUGUUGGUACAACAUUUACAAAUAAUGGAGAAUAUAGGCAUGAUGUUCCUGCAAUAUCCAGUCGUGAUCUUAUGACAUUACAACUGGCUCAAUUUACGUUUUCAAAGCAAAGCUUAAUACAAAUUGAUGUUAAAUAUAGAGACAACUUCUUAGUGCAAUAUGUGUAUGGAUUCAAUGCUAGUGACUAUGCUUACUUUCUUAUUAUACAAAAACAUUCUCACCUUGCUGGUAAUGAGGAACUUGGAUAUGUUUCACGUUUAGCUCGUACAUGUGUUAAUGAUGACAAUUAUAAUAGUUAUACAGAAGUGACAUUAGAAUGUAAUGUUCAGGAAGAAUCAAGCAGUGGUAAAAGUGAAAUUGUCAAUUAUAACUUAGUACAAGAUGCAAAAAUUUCUAAAGCUGGUGUAAAUUUAGCGACUCAGUUAGGUAUUGAGACUGGUGAUCAUAUCCUUGUAGCAUCUUUUAGUCCAUCAAAAGGAAUAACUAAUGAACCUACAACAAAGUCUGCUAUUUGUGUAUUCUCAUUACAAGAAAUAGAAAUUAAGUUUAAUGAAAAUGUUCACAUGUGUUUUAAUGGCAGUACUAAGGCACGUAAUAUGGGUUAUAUAUCAGGGAUGAUUUCAGAUGGUAAAUGUCCAAGUGUUGGGUCUACUGGAAACAUACUAAAUUUUUGUGAGGUAGGCCUUAAAAUUAGUGGUCUUUAUCCUAUAAAAGCAACAUCAGUUAUUUAUUGGAAUGAUACUUUAAUUACUUCAGUAACCAUAUCAGUCACUGGAUUGCAUACUGUAGCAUUUUUAGGUACUAACGAUGGUUCAUUAAGAAAAGUGUUGGUAGAUGCUGAAAAAUCAAUAGAAUAUGCUACUGAAGUGCUCCUUUCUGGACAAAAAAUUCUCCCAGAUACAACUUUAUCACCAUAUGGAAAAACCUUAUACAUAUUAGCAAAAAAUACAAUUGUUCAAAUUCCAACAGAAAAAUGUGCAGAACAUGGCAAUUGUUCAUCAUGUUUAGAAUCUAAUGAUCCUCACUGUGGCUGGUGUUCUUUAGAGAAAAGAUGUACAGUUCAAAAUAUGUGCCAAAAAGGUACUCAAAGUGCACCAAGAUGGUUAUCUCAGUAUACUGGCCAGCAAUGUAUUGAUUUUGAACAAAUUUUACCAGACCGUAUAUCUAUGUCUGAAGUUACAACUGUUCAACUAGUGAUAAGAACUUUACCAGAACUUCCAUUUGGUGCAAAGUAUAAAUGUGUAUUUGGUAACACUCCUCCAAUUGAUGCCGCAGUCACAUCAAGUGGUCUUGCAUGUCCAACGCCAGAUAUUAAACACAGACCAAAAAUACCACAAAAUCAAGAUCAUAUUUUUGUUCCUCUAUCUGUUCAUUCUUCUGAAACUAAUAAGGAUUUUGUAUCACGUAACUUUGCUUUCUAUGAUUGUUCAAAACAUAUUACUUGCCAUACAUGUAUAAUGAGCGAAUGGGCUUGUAAUUGGUGCAUUUAUGACAAUAAGUGUACCCAUGAUGUAUCAGUAUGUCAGCGAACCAUUAUAAGUGGAGAAAAAAAUCCUACAAAAUUACUUAAUCAUGGAAUUGGUCACUGUCCUAGAAUAAGACAAUACAAGGAAGCAAUUCUAUUACCAAACAAUGUACCAAAAGAACUGGAACUUGAAGUAGAAAAUUUGCCACACUUACAACCUGAUCAUACAGGCUUUCAAUGUAUUGUCAGUAUUGAACUAGCUAAUAUGAUUCUCCCUGCACGAGUAGAAUCUAACCAUUUCAUAGUGUGUGACAAAACGAUGUACUCUUAUGAAGAAAAUGUGGGAGAGUACAACAUAAGUGUAAAGGUUUAUUGGAACCAUAAGCAUUAUAUAGAUACUAUAACUAUUACAUUAUACAAAUGUGAAAUUCUUGGAUCACAUAGGAACCAUGCUGACUGCUCUCUGUGCAUUACUCGCAAUUCUAUAUAUCAGUGUACAUGGUGUGGUAAUUCAUGUUCAUAUAGUGAAUCUUGUUUAGAAAACCCUGUGACCGAAUGCCCUAAGCCUAGAAUUGACAUGAUAAAACCACUAAGUGGACCCAUAGAAGGAGGCACUCUAGUAACAAUUGAAGGUAGUAAUUUAGGCCUAAGAGUGGAGGAAGUAACGGGUAAAGUUCGGAUUGGCGAUGUUCUUUGUGAAAUUGUGGACUUUGAAGUUUCAGUAAGUAUAACUUGUAAAACAGGUCCGUCUAAUGGCUCAGUUGUUGCACCUGUAAUAGUAGAAAAUGAUGCAGGAUAUACAGAAUCCUCUGUACUAUACAGUUACAAGAAUAUUAAGUUACAAGGUGUGUACCCUGCCCUAGGACCUGUUUCAGGAGGUACACAGUUAGCUAUUGGUGGACAACAUUUAAAUAUUGGAUCAACUAUAUCAGCAUAUUUAGAUGAACUUGCAUGUUCUGUAAAUAAAACACAAACAUCUAAUAGUAGACUUAUAUGCGUAACUCCUAAAACAAACACACCUCAUAUUAUUCAUACUUUGACAGUGUCUAUUGAUAAUGCAAACAGGACAUUGCAUGGUGAUUUAUUUAAUUAUACAGCAGAUCCUACUAUAAUGGAAAUAAAACCUUUGAAAAGUUUUGUUUCUGGUGGAAGAAUGAUAACAGUUCAUGGAACUAAUUUACAUACUAUACAAAAACCACUUAUGAAACUUUAUUAUGCCAAUGAAGAAAUUCCUGUUAAUUCAACAGCUUGUGCUGUGCUCAAUUCAAACCAGAUGGAAUGUCCCAGUCCAGCUGUAAACAAAAAAUAUUAUGAUAUAAUUCAAGCAACUAAAUCUCAAACAAGUACACCACAAGUAGUUAUGAAAGUAGGUUUUGUGAUGGACAAUGUGGAAACAAUGCAUGAUUUAGAAAAAUAUUUUAAUCCACCAAGGACUCACAUGUUAUUUGUCGAGGAUCCACACGUUUAUCAGUUUCCAAAUCGAAUUAAGUCGUACAAAGGCGAUCCAUUAGUAAUAGAAGGAGAGAAUCUAAUUAGAGCGAGCGACGAAUCAGAUGUUGUUGUAACAAUCGGUACACAGCCAUGCAAUGUUACAAGUCUAACAAUGCAACAGUUGCUAUGUACUCCACCUGAAAUACAACCGCCUAACACAGAUGAAAACGGUUUUCAGAUUAUAGAUAUUAAUUUGCCUUUAGUUGUCGUUAAGAUUGGCAAAAAUUUAAGGUUUCCUAUCGGGUAUUUACAUUAUGAACUUCUUAGAAAUUAUAAUUUUCCUCCUGAAGCUAUUGCUGGUAUUGCUGCAGGAACAUUUUUCUUAGUUCUCAUAUUUAUGAUCGUCUUAGUUAUGUACAGAAGACGUAGUACAAAGGCAGAGAGAGAAUAUAAAAGAAUACAAAUACAAAUGGAUACUUUAGAAAGUAAUGUGAGAUUAGAGUGUAAAUUAGCUUUCGCGGAGCUUCAAACCGAUAUGUCUGAUCUGGCAGCAGAUUUGGAACAUUCUGGAAUUCCCACAUUGGAUCAUGUGAAUUACGUAAUGAAAGUAUUUUUCCCAGGCGUGUCAGAUCAUCCUAUCCUUAACGUCCAGCGCCAAUUUAUUAAUACACCGCGAACUAAUUACGAUGCUGCAAUGAUUCAGUUUGAACAACUAUUAAAUAAUAAAUGUUUCCUUUUGUCAUUUAUAGACACAUUGGAAGCCCAAAAAUCGUUUAACAUUAGAGACAAAGUAAAUGUAGCAUCGUUAUUAAUGGUUAUACUUAUGGGCAAAAUGGAAUACGCUACAGAUAUACUAAAAUCCCUACUUUUACGUCUCAUUGAUAAAUCAGUUUGCACGAAGCAUCCUCAACUUAUGUUAAGAAGAACAGAAAGUGUUGUGGAAAAAAUGCUUACAAAUUGGAUGGCUUUAUGCAUGUACUACUAUCUAAAAGAUUAUGCGGGAUCAUCGCUGUUUUUACUGUUUAAAGCUAUAAAACAUCAAAUAGAAAAGGGUGUUGUAGACUCGAUAACCCAUGAAGCAAGAUAUUCUUUAUCUGAAGAAAAAUUAUUAAAAGAGCAAAUUGAUUAUCAAAUUGUUACUUUACACAUAGUACAAGAUGACUUUGAUGAAAAAGUUCAAUGUAAGGUUUUAGAUUGCGAUAGUAUAUCGCAAGUGAAAGCUAAAAUAUUAGAUGCUUUAUUUAAAAAUACUCCUUUUAGUAUGCGACCUUCCGUCCACGAAGUUGACUUAGAAUGGAGACAUGGGAGAGGAGGCCAUGUUACUCUUCAGGAUGAAGACCUCACAACGAAAACCUUAAACGGUUGGCGAAAAUUAAAUACUCUAGCACAUUAUGGGGUUAAAGAAUCAGCUGUUAUGUCUUUAAUAUCGCGGCAAAAUGACAGCUUUAAUACGCCAUAUAAAAUACCAUGCAAAAAUUGUACAGGUAUUUAUUGUUCAAAUUCUCAUAUAAGAGUAUACAAAAGUGAUAUUAGCGAUCAAAAUGCCCACUAUUAUCAUUUAGUUAAGCCUAUUGAGUAUCAGCACAUUGUGAACAAAACCUCCGAACAUAGCCAUAAGGCUAUACCGGAAAUAUUUCUUACUCGACUGCUCUCUACUAAAGGUACGGUACAUAAGUUUGUCGAUGACUUCUUUAGUACGAUUUUAACUGUAAACGAAGUAUUGCCUCCAGCUGUUAAAUGGUUAUUCGAUCUUUUUGACGAUGCUGCGAGAGCGCAUGGGAUCAUUAACCCUGAGGUUGUCCACGCAUGGAAAUCGAACAGUUUGCCAUUGAGAUUUUGGGUCAAUCUCAUAAAAAAUCCAGAUUUUAUAUUUGAUAUUAAUAAAACUUCAACAGUAGAUUCCUCAUUGUCUGUGAUUGCUCAAACUUUUAUGGACGCGUGUUCUUUAAGUGAACAUCGACUAUGUAAAGAUUCACCAUCCAACAAAUUGCUUUUUGCAAAAGAUUUACCGACCUAUAGGGAAAUGGUUAUACAAUUUUAUCAGGCCGUGUCUCAAUUACCUCAAGUAUCCGACCAAGAGCUAAGUACCUCUAUGCAACAGCUUUCAGUCGAACAGCUUAACGAGUUCGACACUUUAUCAGCUUUGAAAGAGUUGUACAUUUACGUCAGUAAAUAUAGAGAACAAAUUAUAUUAGGGCUAGAAAACAAAAUGCACUUAGCUCAUAAACUAGAUAAUGUAGCAUGCACAUUGGAAGGCGAUCCUGCAGCUGUAUGC